AACAAGAAGUUAAGUACAUAUAACAUUUUGAUCGGAAUAAGAUACUUUGGGGUUUCAAUCUCGCUCAUAAAGCCUCAUUCGUCUUGUCGACUGAAAACGAAAACCCGGCCACAAGCUGUUCGGAUGGCUUCGGUCUGGAUUACACCUUAUCAACUUUCCACGAAUGUAAGAAAGAACUCCAUCCCAAUGGAAGCAUGGUGCAAACAAUUCCAAAGCUCAUCCCCCACACAACGUUUAAUAAAGGAAUUGCUUGCCCGAGAAAGAAUAGGCCUAGAGCAACGGGAAUGAUGCCUGGACAUAGAGCUUGUAGAUUCCACGAUUGCCAUAGUAAUAUUUGUCAAGGCGGCUGGUGUGAAGAGACUAUGACUGCAUUCAGAUGUCACUGUUUUGACGGAUAUGAAGGGAAACUCUGCGAUCAACAAUCAACUCCUAAACAAAAUGCCACAAAGAUCUCUUCAAACAAAACAACCCCAAACCCAUCUCCUACAACUACGCCACUAGAGAAUGGUUUGCCUGAAGACUCGAACCUUCGUCCAUGA